AUGGGUAACCCAGAAGUGUUGAAAUGCCAGAACUGCCAAAUGCCAUUGGAAUUGGAUAGCUCGCUAAUGGAUUUGAGCCUCGCUCAGCGGAAUCUUCUAGUGAGCUCGGCCACCCAACCUCUCGCACCAAGUAUAGAAAUACCACAGGCUCGGCUUAAGAGGCUCAAUAGCGUCAAAAAGGCCAGUGAUUUGAAAUUUCAGCCCUCAGUUCUGAAUAAUUUGGAGUCUUACGUGUUUCUGAACGGUGAGUCUAGCACACUGCACACUAGUCGUCUCGACGGUGAUUCGGGGGACGAAGACGAAGACGACCUCACUUCGAAGACUUUGAGCUCGAGAAUUAACACUUUGACGAAUAUUUUCAACAUUCUGUCGUCCAAGAGCAACAUUGAAUAUCCUGUGUGUCAAGACUGUUGUGAUCUGCUCAUCCACAAGCUCAAAAGUGACUACGAGGACGCCCUAAAAGAGCGAGACACAUACUUCGAGUUUUUGAAAAGGCUCAACAAGCAGCGAGAGCUUGAGCAGAACGAAAACGCUCACAAGAACGAGGCCUUCGAGGAUGAGCGGAAAGCUGCUGAAAGGGAAGACGAGGAGUUGCUACAAAAUCUGAGAAAACUGGAAGAUACAGAGGCCGAGCUUGAUGCUCAGAUUGAGAAACUAGAACAGGAACUGAAGCUUAAAAAGGAGCAAGAAGCUGAAAACCUGGCGCGCAGGAAUAGUCAGGAAUUGGAGAAACUGGAAUUCUCCAAAGAAUUGCAGUCUUUAAGAAACCAGUACGAGUUCACAAUGAACAGUAUAGACAGACUGCGCAAGACAAACAUCUUCAACGAGACUUUCCGAAUAUCACACGACGGGCCGUUUGGAACUAUCAACGGCCUGCGACUGGGCGGUCUGGACGAAGUGCCCGUGCCAUGGCAAGAAACAAAUGCAGCUUUGGGACAACUGAUCUUGCUGCUGGCCACCAUGUGCUCUCGUGUACAUUUCAAGCCCGCCGGGUAUAUCUUGCGUCCUAUGGGAUCAUAUUCCAGAAUCGAGCAAUUCGAUCCUACGACUCAAGAGUGGCAUAGUUGCGAAGCUUUCAGCAACGGUGGGUUUAAGCUGGGCAAGUUUUUCCACAAGGAAACUAGUUUUGAUCGUGCCAUGGUUUCCAUCCUGGACGUAAUUGGACAAAUUACGUCCCAUCUAUCUCUUGAACGACCUGCCGACUCAGAAGAGAUAGAACUGCCCUACACUAUGCAUGGCGACAAGAUUAACGGGAUGGCUAUUAGAUUAUGCGGUAACAAGCCAGGUCCAGAAUGGACAACGGCUUGCAAGUUUCUACUUACGAAUGCGAAGUGGCUACUAGCGUUUUCAUCAGUAUGCUCCGACGAGUUCCACCAACCAAAGUGA